GCAAACAGUGUCUUUGAAUGCAUAUUUUGUUUUCAUUUUGCAUUAUAAUAUCUUUUACGAAAACAGUUUGCUGAUAAGAAGCUCUAUCACACAAAAUCUGCAGAAAUAAUUAUGAUUAUAUGCUCGUGUUUUUCGUUGUAAUGCACUGAACAUACACAAUGAAAACAAUGUGAGAGCAAAUUUUUUUUCGUGUUGGAGCAACCGAAUAUAGAAACUGAAGUCAAUUUAUCGAUCAAAAAAUUUAUCACACGAACUCUGCAGGGAAGUUACCGAACGGAAGCGUUACAAAUGGAAUGCCCGAUAUGUCUAGAAAACAUCAGCAACAUUCAUGCUCUUAUGUGUGGGCAUUCGUAUUGCGGACCUCCGAAGUCAUGUUUGAAAACUUUGGAGCAUAACAAAGGAAAAGCGACAAAAUGUGCGGUUUGCAACACUGUGAUGAAAGUCAAAGUAUCCAAUUUGAAACCACUGUACGGAAUACGGGAGGUUUUGAGUGAGUUUGGAGGGAUUGCUAAACAUUGCCGAGAAACGGCGGAAAAACUAAUGCCUCUGCUGGAUGAUAUCGACAGCGUUUUAUCCGAAACGGUUCGCGAGAUUGAGAUGCUGGAAGACAAAAAGUUGAAACUUGAUCAACUUAAGGAAUACAAAACCUCAAUUGCACAAUUUGUGAAUGGACAAAAAACAUUGUCCAAUGAUCUGAGAGAGCUAUUUGACACUGACUGGAUUGAAACGAUUGGCACAGACAGGAAUUCCCUGAAAAACAUCAAGCUUACACUAUGCAUCGCUCAUGUCAAAGAUGUUGAAAACAAAGUUCUAUGCUCAGAUAAAAUUCACAUCCGUGGUUUUCUGUUUCACAUAGGAAUUGAAAAAGUUUUGACCGACGGAGAAGAAUGGAUAAAAAGCACUUUUUUUUAUGAUCUCGCGAACACACUAACUAGAGAUGCUGAAAUAGAAAUAAAAUUUCAAAUAGUUCUUCUCAGUUCUAAUCCCGUCAAAAACAUUAAAGCCCGAUUCCUUCUACACAAGGGUAUUCAUGUCGGUCUAUUCAAACAUGAUUUGGUCCGCUGGAAAAGUUUGCAAGACCCCCUGAAUGGAUUCAUAUCAAAAAAUGAAUCCCUUGUCUUUGAAAUCUGCGUCGAAACUCUCCGCAUUAUUGGAAACACCACCCGGCAAGCUGAUGCAGUUUUGGAAUUCUCCGAAGCCGAACCAAAAUGUAAACGUACAGUUUCAUAUAGUGUAUGGUUAUAAGUUUCUAGUUUGAGAGUAAAUUUAUUAUAAUUAUCACAAAGUUAUUAUUAUGAUUAAAAAAAACCUCCAUGUUUGUAGUUAUUGCCUAAAUUUGACUUUUGAAAUGA